GCCAUUUCGGGACGGGCCCAGACCGGUCCGACUAAACUCGCCAUCUCUUUUUUAUAAGCUUCUACUCUCUCAAACUCAACUUCGCCGGCCGCCCAGCAUUCAGUCCCAGACACGCCAUCGCCCAUGCCCCCACUCCUUGCCGGUAAUUUUCAUGGUGUCUUAUAGCAGUUCAGAAAUGAAACGCAAUAUGCCUUCUCCCUGUGAUAUUCUCAGUGACCUGCCAGACAACGUUAUAGAGAACAUAUUGAUCCGUUUGCCUCUGCGAGAUGCAGUGAAGACAAGUGUCUUGUCAAAAAAAUGGAGGCGCAACUGGGUAACCCUUCCACAUCUUGCAUUUGAUGAUACUUUCCGCAACAUGCAUCCUACUGGACUUAAGUUGACUAUUUAUCAAGUUUUACUACACCAUCCGGGGCCGAUACUUAAAUUCACUUUGUCUGUUCCUGUAUUGAAAUUCCGUGUGGAGAUUGACCUUCUAUUAUCUUUGCUAGCUGAGAAUGAUAUCCAGGAUUUAACCCUUCGCAUCUCGAGCUCGAGCCGUGGAUGCCUGAGAUUGCCUCAGAUUUUUUUUUGCUUGUUUACAACUUAGGAUUUGCAUCUAUCUGAUUGCCUGUUCGAUCCUCCGCCUACAUAUGAAGGAUUUGAUAAGCUCAUCAGCAUUGAGUUUCAGGAUGUUACCUUCACCAUGAACACAUUGAAAACUUUUAUCUGCAAAUGCCCCUUACUUGAACGAUUGACAUUAAAAUGCUGCACCAAUAUUGGCAACCUCGACAUUGAUGCUCCCAAGCUUAAGUUCCUAUAUAUUGGCGGCAGUUGGAAUACCCAAGGUAUAAUUGGGUUUUUUCGUUCUCUACCUGUUAUAGAGUCUCUCAAUGUAGGAACCCAUUUUUGGCAGUUUAAGUCUGCAGGCAAUGUACCAGAUAGGCUUCCAGCGAAUCUUAAAUACCUAAAAUCUCUUGCAUUGCGUGCUUUACGUUUUGAGUUUCUGAGAGAGUUCUCUUGUGGUCUUUGCUUGAUCAGAAGCUCCCCCAAUUUGCAAAAACUUAGACUCGGGGUUUGGUAUACAAAGAGCGAUACUGCAGAUGAUGUAAAAACUGUUGAUAAGUUUUUGGAGUCCCAAGACUUCUCAGAUAUCUCUUUGAACAAACUUCGAGAGGUAGAGAUGCAAAUCAAUGAUUACUCAAAGCCUGAAAUGGAGUUUGUCAAGCUCCUGUUAGUCAAGUCACCCUUGCUUGAGACAAUGUAUAUUCGGCAGUUUGAUGGAGACUUUUACAAUGGAUAUCGGAUCUUAAAAGUGGUGACACGAUUUCGACGGGCAUCAUCAAGUGCAGAAAUCAUUUACUUUGGUCCAAAUGAGAAGCCAUAGCUUUGUCAAGACUGGAAACUUGCCCCAAUGACGAUGUGCAUAGGUUGUGGACGAUUCUGCUGACAGAAGUUCCAUAUACUUGGGUCCUGACUAUUGUAAAAUUGUGAAUGAUGUUUUGGUAACACAAGUUUCUUUUAUUCCUCGCUUUUUUGUUUGUGAGUACAGUUUUACCGACUGAGAACUCAUUUACUGGAUGGGGUUUACAUAUGUGUUUUGUCUA